GAAAUUCUAAUCAACCAGUGUUUGUUUUCGUCUCUUCAGAUCUCCAAAAAAUGGAAUAUGCAAUUGACCGUAAAAGAGGAAGACACCAGGAAGGUACAUGAAGGGCGGUGGCGUCAGCUUGGGGAGAUCAUUCAUCACAUCACAGCAGGAACCGUCCCCCCGAUAUCUGGAUCACACAGACUCCGACCUGAACUGCUGGCGUCACAUGAAGUCGCAUCUGAACAGAUGACAUCACAUGAAGUCGCAUCUGAACAGCUGGCAUCACAGGAAGUCGCACCUGAAUCGCUGACAUCAGAGGACGUUUUUGAAGCUGCUAAACAUUUCAUGAUCGGAGCAUUCAUCCCUUCAGAGUCACCUGAGCGUGGUCUAUACCUGAAAGGGUAUUCAGGCAUGAUGCACAUCAUCAGCGGGAAAAGAGGUUCUAGAUUCAUUACCUGUCCUAAACUCCAACUGGACGCUGGUCGAGCCAACAAUGACUGGUGCCAUGUUACUACAGAUCGACGGGAGCUGGUCAACUCGCCGCCUGCCACACAACACACGGACUGUGGCAGACUACAGAGAUUGUUCGGCACGUGUAGCUCCACCCCCAUCCCCCUUCCUCCAUCCCCCUCUAGUGUCACCCCUGUCCCCCACACAACACGAUACUGGGAGACCAACACCAGGGUGGGUGUGGAAGGUGGUGUGAGGGGGUGGCCUGUCCUGGAGGUAGGUGUUGGGGAGGAGAGCCAGGUAGACAGUGAGUUGUAUGUUUUUCUACAGCGCCGCUCCUGGUGCGUCAGUGUAGGGAGCUGUGGCACACACCGGGGGAGUCUCUGUACCCGGGUGAGUCUGGAGGGGGAGGAGGGGAAGUGUUACAGGAACACAAUGUCUGACACACCCGGCACACAGGCCACCCUCCACUAUGGCGUUGUGUUGGAUGUCGGGAGGGGUAGAAUAGGAUUUAUUGACGUAGGCAGGUCGGCUGUUUUAGGGAAAGUUGAUGUGAAGUUCAAGCAGGAUCUUCUCCCUGUGUUUUCUGUCUGUCCCCACAGUGAGUGCACAGUAAACACGAAUGUAGUCAGUGGGGAGGAGAUCCUCAUGUCUGACAUCAAGAAAUCACUCAUUAAUGAAGUCCUGGCCUAGGAAAUAAACUACACAUGACCCAGUGUAAACUUGUAAAUAUCACACAUCAACUUUAUCCGACAAAUUCAAUACAACAGAACUGAAAGAAGCGAACAUAGAAGUUACCUGUUCAUGUGUUGUAUGUUGUGUACAACAAUAUGACAAGGUUAGCUAAAUAUGUUGGUUUUCUACAGGGCAAUUUUCAUUUGUGUACUAGAAGCAUUUUACAUCCACACAGGAGUAUUGUUAUGAUUAUUAUUAGAUAAUAACUGAUUAGUUUAUGAAACAUUUCCCACAUUUCUGGGACAUGUCACAACUAACAACUGAGUUGAUGAUUGAGUAAAAAGUUGUUUCAAAUCAUGAAUAUGUUGACAUAUUUUGUUUUCACACUAUGAAGGAAAUAGUUUAAAUACCCACAUGUAGAGGGUAGAAGUUAAAACACAAUAUUUGUAGCUGUGAGAUAGACAUGUUGAUGUCAGUUCAGGUAGACAAUGAAAGUGAUUGAAGCGGACAUAUAAUGUCCCAGUAUAAAUGUGCCAUGGUACUUGUGUCAGGAGAGAAAUGUAGUUACAAAACUGUCCGUUUUUUUAUUUUAAUCAGUUCUGUUGUUUUGGGACCGGAUUUUGGAUCCAUACAGAGGGUUGCUUUUCCCCGAUGUACAUUUAUAUGUGUUUAUAAAAUUGAAAGUUGUGUGUGAGUUACUGUCUAAUUGAAACACUGGGUCUACCUCUGACAAUGGGGUGUGUAGAGAUGGAUGUGCCACUCUAAUGUUAAUAUACCAGGCUUUAUUUUUGGUCAGUAUGACAUGAGCUGAUAUCAUCACCUGUAGUCCAACCCCGUUAUGUUUGACUCCGAUCUGUCUACUCCUCCAGUAAAUUACAAGGUUUAACUAGGGGAUAAAUUAUCACCAGAAUCCCGCUUUAGAGAACUGUUUGUAUUAACUACUUUGCGAUGUCAAGUCGACUGGUUGACUAAUCUGAUAAAUGCAUGCAUUGACUUUCUAUAUUUCUAUAUUGUAUGUAUAUGAUAACAUGUCUGAUGUUCAUUAUGUAUGAUAUGCCAGGUGUCAGCUGAUGUUAUUUAAUAUGCAUUGGAAUAAAUAUUGGUAUCAAUCCUGUCAGGUUUUGCUGUUUACCGUGGACAGGGAAAUGGCCCACCUGAACAAUUCUGUCGUAAAUUUGCUUUAUCGAUUAGGUUUUGGUGUUGCCAGAAUAACGUAAACUAGGGGAUUCAAAUAUAUUUUUUUUCAGUCCGCCGAGAAGCUAGAUAGUACUGUUCUUUGUAGGACAGUAGUGAUAUUGACAUUCUUUUUAAUGUGAGUUUAUAAAUAUCAAAACAUCUAGGCGGACCUGUGACAAAUAUAUUCUACUUUAUCGAUUUGGUUUUGAUGUGCCUGCCUUUAGUUUUAUGUCAGCUGUAGGUGACCCGGAAGUAAAACUGUUGAGAGGUUCAGUAAGAGUUUUUUCUGGGACUAUGUAGGAUCUAUAUAUUUCAUUUGAUUGUCAUUUAUAUAUCUAAACCAAAUCUAAUUUACCUAUGAUAAAAUAUGCUCUAUUUAACAUAGAUUUUCAAUAUAGAUGGUUGUUAACAACGUUUAGGGGUGGCAGUAAUAAUCGAGGUAUAUAGUUAGUUGCAAGCAGUUUUACCACUUACACUGAUGAAGUUAUUCUAUGCAAUCACAAUGAUGCUAUUGAAGAUGAAGUGCAUGUCGUGUAUCAUGAAAUGAGGAUGAAUUACUAAUGACACUUUAAACAUGGUCAUUAAUGUUCACUUAAGACGUUUCCGCAUAUCUCCAGAUGUUAAUGAAAUUGCAAAUUGUAACCUGUUCUGUAACGGGUAUUUUCUUACUGUAUGUUAUUGUAACUGCCACUUCAUUCCUUAUACAAGCUGCAAACAUACUUUGUACCAUGGGUCUUGAAGCCUUUAUACAAAUAAAACACCAUUUGUCUGUC